CCGAAACGAUAUGGCAACUGUAAACCAAGAAGAAGAAACUUUUGAGUUGGCAAUGUGUUCUAUAUGCAUGGGACAAUACAAAUUACCAAAAUGUUUACCGUGUUCACACACUUUUUGCCAAAAUUGUUUAUCAACUCAUAUUAAGUCGUCAUGUUCCAGCUGUGAUUCACCCCUUGGAUUUUCUUGCCCUCUCUGUCGCGUCUUCAUACCUGCACCAGGUAGAAUUGGUCAGUAUUCUUGUAAUGAUUGGGCUGUCAGAUUCCCUGAGAACAAAUUCAUUGCUGCGAUUGCUGGAAACUAUUCGAGUUUGAAGGCCAUUCCAUGUAGUCCUUGUAACGAAGAUGGGGAGGAGGCGAAAGCGAAUAGCUGGUGUAAGGACUGUUCCGAGGCGCUAUGCAAUGAAUGUGUUACAUGUCAUAAAAAAUCACGCCCCUCCCGUCACCAUGAGGUAAUUUUACUGACUGAUAUGUCCAAGACAAUGUCUGUUAUGCAUGAAUAUCCUGCGUUAGAUCUAGAAAACUGCGGGAAUCACAAUGGUCGAAGGUUGGAAUUGUUUUGUGAAACCCAUCUUGUUCCGUGUUGUUCCAUCUGUGUAACAAAAGAACAUGCUGGCUGUUGGAGUUUCUGUCAGAUCGAGGAACUGUCCGAUAAACUCACAAAUUUGGAAUCUGCAAAGGUUAAAAAUUUGCAAUAUGAUGUAGAGGAAUUAUGUUCCUCUUUCGAAAGAAUAAUAAAAGAAGAAAAAUCUAAUAUUGAUGAGAUUGAUGAUAUAUCUGACAAAUUUACAAAAGAAAUUUCACAGAUGUCCUCGACACUCAUUGAAGCUGUUAAAUGUCUGGAAGAAACUCACUUAACUGAACUCGCAAAGGCAUCCAAAGAAUCUAAAUCAAAGCUUCGAAAAUCCCUGGAUUCAUUUGAGCAGAGGCUACUUUUACUUCAAUAUUGGAAAGAGUUGUUGCAGAAGAAUUUGUUACCUGACGAAUCAUCAAAAACAAAGUUGGCUUUGUCAUAUUGCAGAAUGAAACAAAUUCAUGAACAUUUGACAAAACUGGACAAUGAAAAGUUAAAUAUUCAUAUAGAGACCAAAUUACCUGAUAAUGUUCGAAACCUUCUCGAUUCUUGUCAACUUGCUGAAAUAUCUGUACGCGAAUAUAAAACAUUCGUACGGCAAGAUCUUUACAAUGUAAAAAAUGUUAUGGUAAAAAAGAUCUCUGAAUUUGAGAUUCCUGGUGCUAAGUUUCAUGGUGGAAUAUUUCAUAAUGAUGACCAAUUAUUAUUAGCAGACAUGAAAAAGUGUGUUCUGUGUAAUACUAAUGGUGUUGUUUUGAGAGAGAUAUCUUUACCAGGAUCCCCGUGGGAUGUGUGUUCCAACGGUGAAAAAGAAGUACUUGUAUCACUUCCUCAAGAAAAAAGAAUCGUCAAACUAAUGUCGGACUCGUUUGAAGUUAAGGAAACUGUAGAUCUUGGUUGUCACUGUUAUGGAAUAUCGAUGCAUGGAGCCACGAUUGCAGUUGGUGCUCGUGAUUCUGUAGAAGUAUUUCAAAACUUUGCAAAAGUCACUUCUUUUAACGAUUUUCGUAGCACUGAUGAUGUGGAAAUAGACACUGAGAACAAUGUAAUUUACGCAAGCUACUCACAUGACACAGUCAUUAAACAAGACAUGGAAGGGAACAUCUUGUUCACAUAUGAAAACAAGGAAUUAAAACGUCCAUAUGGCUUAACGGUAGAUGGAAUUGGAAACAUUUAUGUAAAUGGAAGCAGUAGCAACAAUAUUCAUAUAUUGUCUAGAAGUGGUGAGAACAUAAGAAUUCUAGAAGGGGUGGAAAAGCCAAGGUGUAUAAAAUUCCAGGAAGGUACCAACAGAUUUUUUGUUGGUGAAAGUGGAGGCAAAGUGAAGAUAUUUGAAUUAACUGCUUAAAUGAUCUUUAAAAAAGCAUUUGUAUAAUAAUAUUGAAUAUUGUAGUAAACUGUUCAAUUCAUUCUGACAGACAUGUACCAUUCAAGUUUGAUUAGAUGCUGAGCAGACCAAAAUAAAACACAUUUUCGUGUCAUAUGUAAUGUUUACCUUGUGGAUUAAGCCUUGUGAAUUAAAUAUGAUUUAUAAGAAAACUUGUUAUCUUAACAAAGAAACUGCAUUUUA